CAUUCCAGAAUUUUCCAGAACGUUGACGGUUGGGCCAGAGCCAAUCUCCUCCCCUUUUAAGCUGCUGCCAACACCAAGGCAGGAUGGAGAGGAGGAAACAAAGGACAAAAAGGAAAACCACAUCCGUGUCCAGGGCAAGGGUGCCCCACUUUUAUUCCUUCCGGUUCACGCAGGGUCCCCAAGGUCGGUGGAGCUUCCGGCCUCGGGGCCCGGCAGGAAACGGGACUGGAGCUGCCGAGCGGCACCUGCGGCCGGGAGGGCGGCUGGGCCUGAGUCAGAGAGAAACCAGGAGGCCGAACUGUGGUGGCACCGAGACCCCCGCCUGCCACCCUGCCCCCGAAGUGAAAGUGGCCGCCGGGAGGGGCUUUCCCCCUCCAGCUGGGGCAGCACCCAGGACCCCGAGAGCGCCCAGGAACGCUGGGUCGCGCCGAGGGCCAAGAGCAGCUGGAGGCCGGGGCGGCCACAGGCUCAGCCUGACGUUUCGUGUCACGUCUGUGGCCGACAUCUGAGAACACUCUUCUUGCUCAGCACUGCGUCACCACCAGAUGCAACGAGGGAGCCCGUCACACGACACCAGAA